AUGGAAGCUGGAUCCCAGAAAUACCAUGAUAUGAAGCUGACUACGUUGAACAUACAGCUUGCAGAGUUGUAUGAGAAAAUCAGCAAGGAUUUGAGCCCCCCUCGCCCUUUGCCAGCAGAGACACGUGAUAAACGUGAUAAGAGCAAAUACUGCAAGUUCCAUAAAUACCAUGGUCACAAGACCGAGAAUUUCCGCGCUUUACAGAUCGAGGUCCAGCGAAUGAUAGACGCUGGAAAGCUACAAGACGGUAAUGGAGCAGAAAUUCGGGAGCUUGGGUGCACAAAGAUCGAGUUCUCUGCAGCAGACAUGAUAGGUGUAUAUGCUCCACACAAUUAUGCUAUUGUUAUAACUGCUUGGAUUGGCAUGUGUCGUGUACACCGGAUUCUAGUGGAUACAGGCAGCUCAGUGAGCGUGCUGUUUUCAGGAGCUUAUUCCUCUAUGAAUCUUCCACACGACUUGAUCGAGGAGGAUGAAAAUCCAAUUAUCGGUUUCAGCGGCGAAGUUACAAAGGCGAUUGGAAAAGUGAAAAUACUUAUAACAAUGGCUGACAAGUCUAUUCUAGGCAAUUUCCUGCUGCUUGACUGUAGGGCUCCCUACAACGCGAUUUUUCUUGCCCCUGAAGGAGUCGUGAAAUUUAGGAGUGACCAGAUGGCCGCCCACAAGUGUCACGAGAGUUCAAUGAACGAGUUCAAGAAGUCAGAAGUCCAGAUUGGAGAUGAGGAACACAAAACAACGUUCGUAGGGGCAGAUCUUCUUGCACAUGAACGUGAUGGUUUGAUUACAUUACUAAGGGCAAACACCGACGUUUUCGCAUGGAGUUUCGCUGAGAUGCCUGGGAUAGAUCCGAAUGUAUCCUGCCACAGGCUAAAUAUCGAUGAGAAGUUUCGUCCAGUUCGUCAGAAAAUCAGGAAUAUGGCACAAAGAAAAAGAGAUGGAGUUACUGCAGAAGUCGAAAGCUUGUUGGAAGCAGGCUUUAUUCGGCCAGUACAAUAUCCUCGCUGGCUAUCAAAUGUCGUACCCGUUCCGAAGAAGAAUGGUAAAAUUCGUGUCUGUAUCGAUUUUACUGAUUUGAAUAAAGCAUGUUCGAGUGAUCCAUACCCACUUCCACGGAUAAGAGAUUUGGUGGACGCAACCUCAUGGUACGUGAGACUGUCAUUCAUGGACGGGGAAACAUACCAGCACUUGGUAGACCAUAUGUUUAAAGACCUGAUUGGGAAGUCGAUGGAAGUGUAUAUCGACGACAUGGUGGUGAAAUCUGAACAAAAGGAGUCGCAUUUUCUUGACCUGCAGAAGACAUUCGAUAUCUUGAGGCAAUAUCAUAUGAAGCUCAACCCAGCAAAGUUCUUUGAUGUGUUGAAAAAAGCAGUGAAUUUUGGUUGGAAGGAUGAGUGCGAAAAAGCUUUCGAUGAGAUCAAACAGUAUUUGUCAAUUCCUCCAGUUUUGGUGAGUCCAAAAACUGGACAACCUAUCGAAGUUUAUUUGGCAGCAACAGAGAACGUGCUGAAGAGAAUCCUGGAACGUGCUGAUGAUUCCAGCCGACUAGCCAUAUGGUCAAAUUUUCUAGGGGCGUAUGAGAUCAAAUACGAAACCAGAACUGCAGAGAAGGGACACGCCCUGGAUGCACUGUUAGCAGAUUUUCAUGUGGACGAUAUACAAACGGUUACUGGAGAAGAAGAGGAGUUGUUCAAACCCAUUGAGCCAACCACUGAUCAGACUGGGGGAGAGUCGGCAAUGGAGGUCGAUACACCUGAACCAUUAUGGACCGUAUUUACUGAUGGUUCAUCAAAUGUUGGUGGAGCUGGAGUUACAUGUGUCAUCCUUACUUUAGAAGGUUCGAGGAUCGAGAAAGCAACCAGACUGGGUUUUCAAGCAUCAAACAAUGAAGCUGAAUACGAGGCUGCAAUUAUCGGUUUAAAGGCUGUUAAACAGUUAGAUGCAAAGAACGUGAAGCUGGUGACUGAUUCCAUGCUAGUAAUUAACCAGUUUCUCUGGACCUACAAAGCCAAGGAAGAAAGGAUGGCCUUAUAUUUGGAUCAUAUGAGAGAGCUGGCAAAUGAGUUUGACCAGUUCUCUAUUGGGCAGCUACCACGAUUGGAAAAUAGGCACGCAGGUUCUUUAGCAUAUCUUUCUUCCGUAGUCGAAACUGAUACCACUUGUUUCAUCGUAGUAGAUUUCCAAGAACUACCUAGCAUCUCCGACAGCCACUGCGUUCUGGCUAUCAGACACGCUAGUGGGGGCGAAGGGGCUGCUACAUCUGCACAUGGAGAUACUGAGGUCAUCGACAGCAAUAUGGAUGUCGACAGUCCAGUAAUAGAUAAUUAUGGCAGUCAUGUUGAAAACGCUGCAGACUGGCGUCAGCCUUACAUCCAGUAUUUGAAAAACGACAAACUCCCAGAAGAUGAGAAACUUGUUGCGAAGGUGAAAAAGAAUGUAUGGAGAUAUUCAAUGAUCGAGGGACAACUUCACCGCAAACCUGUAGCUUUCGAGCCAUUUUUGCGGUGCAUAUCAGCAGAGGAAGGGCAACAGAUAUUGAGAGAGGCUCAUGAAGGAAUAUGUGGCAGUCAUUCUGGAGGGCGCAGUCUCGCGCACAUGAUACUCACCCAGGGGUAUUUCUGGCCAUACAUGCAAAAGCAUGCUAAAGAAUACGCGCAGAAAUGUGUGCCAUGUCAAGAGCACGCUCCAAUUCCUAAACGGCCCGCCAACGAAUUGCAUCCAGUUUUUAGUCCCUGGCUAUUCUCUAUAUGGGGACUAGACAUCGUCAGAACACUUCCCAAAGCUCCUGGAGGCAUAAGAUUCGUACUAGCCGCUACUGAUUAUUUCACCAAAUGGGUCGAAGCAGUGGCACUGGUGAUUUAUACUGGUACAUCAGUGUUCGCAGAUCUCUUUGGUUACAACCCCGUGUGA